UGAUUAGUGUAGCAGUUCGACAUUGUUGAAUUUGUUGAGUUUAUUUCACCUAAGGAGCUUACAUUGACAAGAAAUGUCCCUUCACCGGCUCUGUUUCAAUCAGGGGCCGUAUUCUAGCUGGUACUUGCCACAGUGCUAAGAUGCAGAGAACCAUUAUUGUUCGCCGUAACUACCUUCAUUACAUCAAGAAGUACCAAAGGUACGAGAAGAGGCAGUCAAACAUCCCUGCACAUGUGUCACCCUGUUUCCGUGUCAAGGAAGGAGACCACGUAAUCAUUGGUCAAUGCAGGCCUAUCUCAAAGACAGUGAGGUUCUAUGUGUUGAAGGUGAUUCCAGCUGGAGCUGCUGCUGGUGGAAAGAAGGCUUUUGCCGGAAUUUAAGGUGUUUUUUUGGAUAGAUAUUGUGAUGUAGCUAGGAUCUAUCACAGGGCUUGGAAAUUAGUAUUGUUUGCAGACCCUUGAAUUUUGAUACUUGAAGCAUUUUCAUGAUUAUUGAAUACUAUGUUUCUUUUGUUAAAAUCAUAUUGGGAAAUUGUAGUACAAACAUCUUUAUGGUAUCAAAUGUUUUGUCUUAGGACCUCCCGCAAGUUUUGGCAAUA